AUGCUCAGCCCUUCCGUCUCCGCAGACAUAUCCAAAUAUAAGUCUCAACUUGACGAUUUUCUUUCAAAAAAAUAUGUGGAUCAGUCCCUUCUUCUAGGCUUCACCGCCGUGGUGCAGUCCAAGUUCUCCCAAUGGAUCAUUGACGAUGUGGCUGUCUAUCACAAGGAGAUACAUGCCUCCAGCGAGACCCCCCAGGGCCAAGAGACUGCCGAGUUCGACCUGAUCCAGCUUCUUGAGCAGCUCUGGGCAAAAUUUCUCCAUCCCAUUGUCAAGUUUUACCAGCGUCAACACGCUGACUUGUACUUCCAAUCCGUUGACUCUCUUAAGGAUAAGAAGAAGGGCACGUUCAAGAUUGUGGAGAUGAGAAAGUUGAAUGAAACGUUCACUAAAUUUGUCAAGACCGCUUCUACUGGCUAUGGUAGUAUUCUCCAGCACAUGAUGUCUACUUAUGAGAAUGCUCUUAUUCCCAAACGAUAUCUUGCGGAUCUCGGAUUCGAGAGUGGUCAAAAUCUUGUGAAGUCCACUCACCUGGACUUCAAAGCUAAUUUAACGUUUGUUCUUUACCAUUGUUUGUUGGGUUUGGGUAACUUAAGCAGACACGCCGCCAAUUUCACGGUGACAUACGUCAACCCGUGCAAGUCUGUGGCCAGCUACUACAAGCACUUAAAGCUGCAGCAAGACGCCAACAAUAAGGCUCUUCAAAGUUACCAACCUGCUUUGCAAUACUACUAUAAGUGUAUCGGACUAUUGCCUGCCCUCAAUGAACCAUACAACCAUAUUGGUGUUAUCUUUAACAGUGUCAACUCGAAGUUUGAAGCUGCAUUAUGGUUUUUGAGGUCACAGUUCACGAGAAUUCCUAAUUACGUGGUCGGUAAAGUGAACUUGGCUACCAUAUUCAAGAAGCCAUGGCUUGAUGCAGCAUUCGCUACUGUCAAGCUGAAGAAAGCAAAGGACUUGACAGAAUAUGAUGUCAACAUCUGGCUCCUACGCAUGGUGGCCCAAUUUUUUUUCUCUUCCUUCUACAAGCGUCCAUAUAAUUCCGAGGCAGCGCAGAAGGAGUUCAUUGGUGUUCUAUUCUCCAAUCCUGAGACAUCCAAUUUCGUGCAGUCUCCAAAUAUCAUCCUAAAUCACUUGAUUGUACUCAUAUGUUUCUUUUGCUGGGCUGACGCUGAGGACUAUCAGAGCGGGAGAAAGAAGUUAGGCUAUUUCUUUGUCUCGUAUCUCAAUUCGUAUUUCAGAGACGUUGCUGAAAUCAACUGCAACAGAGAUAUACAUCUCCCCAACUUGCGUUUUAUUUUAGCCUUCUUGAGAAAGCAAACUGCUCUUUUAACUUUUGACAAAGGUGAUUUGAAUCAUUCCCUAGCUAAAGCUGUCAAUGCUAUUAUUCUUAAUGACCAGGAGAAACAGUCCCACAGAAUGGCUAUUCUCAGUGAUGCCUAUGUCGCUCAGGACCUUCCUACUCGUACCCACUACUUCGCUGAAGAUGUUGCAUUUAAGGAUUUUGGCCCCAUAGGCUACCAAUUCAAGGACUUCCAAGACAGCCGCUUGUUCGCAAGCGAUAAUGUUGGUCCUCUUUUUGGUGGGGAGUUUUUCCCUAAAGCUCAAAACAUUCCCCUUUUCUUGGAUAAUUAUGCUGUUCAGCAAAUCGAGAAGGAAUUUGAGCUCAAUAGUGAGAAUCUCGAUUCUGAGCGGAAGAAAAAUCUCAAGAAUGAUUUGGUUGCACAAGCAAGUGAAUCACUUGAAAACGACAUGAGGUUCUGCGCCAUAGCGAAGCAAGUCAGCAAUAACUUUGACGACAUAGCCUUUGACGAAAUGUCUCACUUGCUUCAGGUGAAGGUGCAAGUCUCCGCCACUCCAGUGGUAAAGAACGGCAGGAAGUCUUCGCCUGCUUCAAAGAAGCAAAAUAAGAACGACAAAAAGCAAAGCGACGAGAAGCGUAAAAGAGACUAUGCUUCCGUUAUCCGGGAAGGUCCUACCAAGCAGAAGGCCAAAGAGCUUCCGAAACCCCCUGUGCCACCUAAGGCAGCUACUGAUGACCAAGUGCAAGUUGCCAAUCUGUCUACAGAUUACUCUACGAGUAAUGUGGCACCAUCAUCUCUUGAGGAGAUUGAGCUGAUCAUUGCGGGACACGCUCAAUCGUUCAGACAGCCUAGUGCAGCAGGAUCCAAGUCUAUCAACACUGAAGCUGGUCUCUCUGAUAUGGUGAACUCACUUAUAAACGAUACAUACCAGGAGAAAUCCAGCGAACAUGUGGUCAUUCCUGACUCUCAAGAGAGCCUGGGUGGACUCAAGACCCAGAUACCCGAUAUUCAAGCAUCGUCGACUCAGCAGAACCAAACUCUGUCGCAGCAAAUUGCCGCUACUCAUGAAAGUCCACAAGUGCAGGGCCAGGGAUUCCAGAUGCCACAAGCGAUGAACAUGACACCGCACAUGCCAAUCUCGCAGUUUGCCUACGGAUCAAUGAUGCCCCAGAACCAGUUUCUCCAAGGACCUCCACAGCCAUUUGGAUACCCACAAGGCUACGGCAUGCCCAUGCACUCAGCAAUGGCACCACCGCCAUUCCCACAAGGACAACCAGAUUUUCAGCAGUACGCUAACAUCUAUGGUCAGCCUGGUUAUAACAUGUACGGAGACACUCAGGGUCCAUGGGUGCGUCCAGGACAAGUUCCAUGGAACUAUUACGGCGGCCCAAGCUCUCAAACCAGCCAGAACUUUGGCUCCAGUCAGUAA